CACAUUAUCUACAGUUCCAAAUGAGUUUGUUCUUUUCUAAACGUACCUAAAAUACAUAUGUACGAAGUAUGAUGCACUUAAAACAUGCACUACAUAUCAAAACGCAGUUAUUUCACUUAGGUUCAAAGGUUAAAGUUCAAUGAUGAAAAAGAUGGCGGCCUCCGUUGUGGAGCACGGGGAAAACGCCUUUAAAAAUAUCUUUAAGUUUUAUAAACGCAGAAAUCCUCCACCAGAUUUCAGUGAUGUCAUCGACUUUUCGAAGAACGUCACGAAUGAUUUGGUAUUUAGUGUUGAAUUAAACUCCUCCCGAGUGACAGAAGCCGAGGUGUCCAGAGUAGGUUUAAGACCAGUGAGAGACUGGAGGGCUUUUGGACUGAAGGGAUAUCCAGGGUUCAUCUUUAUUUCGAACCCUUUCCAGCCUGGUACCCAGCAUCACUGGGUGAGGCAGUGCCUGAAGACCUACCCACAGAAGCCCAACGUCUGCAACCUGGAUAUGCACAUGUCACCCACAGAGACUGAGGACAUCUGGGGCAAGAGCACUGAAUCGAUACUAAAGAAGAAUCGCAGCAAGCGGGAGCCCAAGAGCCUUCUGGAGAAGCUUCGCUGGGUGACCCUGGGCUACCACUAUGACUGGAACAGCAAGACCUACUCUCCAGACCACUACACUCCGUUCCCGUCAGACCUUCACUCCUUAUCUCGCGAGGUGGCGGCUGCAUGUGGUUUCCAUGGUUUCCAGGCCGAGGCGGGCAUUCUGAACUACUACUUCUCAGACUCCUCGCUCGGCAUCCACGUGGACGAGUCCGAGCUCGAUCACUCACGGCCCCUGCUGUCCUUCAGUUUCGGGCAGGCCGCCGUCUUCCUGCUGGGCGGCACCAGGAGGGAGGACCCCGCCACGCCCAUGUUCAUGCGCAGCGGCGACAUCAUGGUGAUGUCAGGCGACAGCCGCCUCCUCUACCACGCGGUGCCCUGCAUCGUACCCGCGCCCGCAGACCAACCCCUGCCCACCUGUCUGAUGCAACAACAGCAGCAGCAGCAACAGAGCCCCCUGCAGGCCACUGACUUCCAGCAGCCCAACCACAGCAGCAUGCUCCAGGAGGUGCCCCAGGAGGACUGGGAGCUGUGCUCCAGGUUCCUGCACACCGCCCGGGUCAACAUGACCGUCAGGCAGGUGCUGGGAGAGGGUCAGGUGUUUCCAGCAGUGGAAAAGGUGGUGGACAACAGUGAAGGGAUUGUGGAAGGUGGCAGACAAAAGGAUGGAUACCAUGAAUCGGAGGAGGAAGAUGUUACAGCUAAGAGGAAGAGGAGUGACUCUGGAUACGACCUUGGUUCCUGAGGGAAAUUUCAAGGUCGCAUAUCAUAAAUAUUUUAAGUUAAAACAAUGCAGAGAUGGAUGCAGUGUUACAGAAUGUGGUAACUGUUGGUGGGUACACACUCAAAAUGUAUGUCCUGUGUGUAUAU